ACAGAAUAACCCAAUUACAGACGUGUUUCCACAAAGCUCAUUUAAUAAAUCACUCGUAUGAUAGCUAAUAAUUCCCUGUAACAGACGGGGAAUUCAAAACGAGUAUUAUAAACAAGCGAUUAUUUGGUGGGAAGACAUGUUUAGCCAAGAUCGGCUAUAACUGAGACAUUCCGAACCUGAGACAAGGGAAGAAAACGGAGACAGACACACAGACAUGAAGCGCACACACAGAACCAUAAUAAUGCAAGCCUGGUUGUGUCUUACGUAGCAUUCGUGUAAGGGAAAAAAAUACAUUACACACUAGGCAGGAGAUAGGACCAAAACGAGGAAACGAACGAUGGAGAGAGCAAUAGCGGAUAUAUUUUUUAAUAAAUGAUUUGUCGGUAAGGAAUUAGUAUUUUGUAUGUUAGGCAGCUGUAUUGGCAUAACGUUUCGACGGCUGUAGUAAGUCGACAGUAUAGAACACAAUAGACCAUCUCUCACACCGUGUUUAAUUGCGGAUUAAGGGAAAUCAGACGGAGGAGGGGAAGGGAAAUAGAACAACAACCAGACGUUUAUUAUUAGCGGCGAAUAGCGAUAGAAAGGAGAGGAAGACUUGCUGGGCUAAGGUUAGGAUCGUCGCUCGAAUGAUUGUGCAGUGGAUCCCGCGACUAUGCGACGACAGUGCUGGAUGAUAGUGCUAGCGGGGAUGAUGUCGUAUUUCAACCCGGAGAGAGCCCUAGGAGCCCCGCAGAGAGAAGUCUCUCAGUCUAGGGGUGCCACCCUCUCUCCGCCACCCUACGUUGUCAUUCUCAUCUCUUGUUCUGGACUCGUUUCCUUCGUCCUGUUACUCCUGGCCUGCCUUUGCUGCAAAAGAGGAGGAGUGGGAUUCAAUGAGUUUGACAAUGCCGAAGGGGAGGAAUGUUCUGGGGCCUCCAGCCCACCCCCUGAGGACAGCCUGUCCUCCUGCCCCUCUCUGCCUGAGGUCUACACCUUGCCCCUUCGAGACAGGGCUUUAUGCCCUGCUAUACAGGACAGGACAGACCCAGAUUCUCAGUGCUUUCGAAGGCACACCUUGAACUAUCUUCAGGAGAUUGGCAAUGGCUGGUUUGGAAAGGUUAUUUUGGCAGAGGUGCUGUGUGACUGCAGUUCAUCCCAAGCUGUGGUGAAGGAGCUGAGAGUUAGUGCUAGCCCACUGGAGCAAAGGAAGUUUCUGGCUGAAUCUGAGCCUUACAGAAGCCUACAACAUCCCAACGUACUCCAGUGCCUGGGUCAGUGCAGCGAGAACAUUCCGUUUCUUCUAGUCAUGGAGUUCUGUCAGCUGGGCGAUUUAAAGAGGUAUUUAAGAGCUCAGAGAAAAUCGGAUGGUAUGACACCUGACCUUUUGACAAGGGAUCUUCUGACUCUGCAACGAAUGGCCUAUGAAAUAACCUCUGGGCUGUUACACCUUCAUGAAAAUAACUACAUUCACAGUGAUUUGGCUUUAAGGAACUGUCUUCUAACAUCAGACCUGACUGUCAGAAUAGGAGACUAUGGUUUGUCCCACAACCAUUACAAGGAGGAUUACUAUCUAACUCCAGACAAGCUCUGGAUCCCCUUGCGUUGGAUCGCCCCUGAGCUACUGGAAGAAUUUCGGGGAAGCUUGAUAGUCACUGACCAGACCAAAACCAGCAAUGUGUGGUCUCUCGGGGUGGUGAUAUGGGAACUUUUUGAGUUUGGUUCUCAGCCACACAGACAUCUCAGUGAUGAAGAAGUGUUGACCUUUGUGAUUCGAGAGAGGCAGAUAACUUUGGCACAGCCCAGACUUAAACUUUCCCAUGCUGACUACUGGUAUGAGGUCAUGCAAUCCUGUUGGCUUCCCUCAUCCCAGCGCCCAUCUGUUGCAGAAAUUUUCCUCCUCAUGUCUUCUCUGUUAGCUGCUGAACGCCGAAUGGGCAGAAGAAGUGUGGGAGAGGAGGAUGAGGAUGACGAAGUUGAGGAUGAAGAAGACGGGGGGAGAGGAAGGAGAGGGGAGAAUGAGGAGUCUUUUGAGAGGCGCUGGGACUCCCUCCGUCCUCCAGCUUUCCAAGUAGCAGCAAGUGAGAGACAAAGAGAGAGGGAAAGAGAAAGGGGGGAGGGAGGCUGCAGGGGUGCCAAUGGAAACUCCUUCCCUCUGCUUGACCCUGUAGGAAACACAAUCACUCCUUCCUCAUCUGAACUUGAUGACAUUCUAACUGUAACAGAGACGAGCAAAGGAUUGAACUUUGAGUACUUCUGGGAGAAAGCUCAUGGGAGACGUGGUUAUAAACCUCUCCCUCCACCACAGCCAAUUCCGACCGCUAAUUCCACCCACAGACAUUCUCUUGACACGCCUACUGUUGUCCCAGUGAUCAGUGCUCGCAGCCCUUCUUUAGCUAGUGAAUAUUACAUCCGCUUGGAAGAACAUACCCCCCAGGAUAAAUCCCCAACUCUUAAAGGGAAAGCGCACUCUUUGCCUGGAGCAAAAGGUCACCAUGCCCUGAGAUCAGACUCAAUGUGCACUGGCGAUUUGGAACUUGUAGAAAUUCGGAGUAAUACAGUUGGGAAGGACAGGGCUGUGUUCAGCCCUCAGGAUGAAUAUGAAAAAGGUGGCAAGUUUCUUCAGACUGUAAAGUCUUGUGAAGUUCAAGUGCUGGUCCCCAAUACUGGUUUGGUUGAGUUCAGUAAAGAGGGAUGCAACAGGGUGACAGACUUUGCUGUAGUUGACAUUGGGGAUAAAGAGGAGGGAGUAGAAGGAGAGGUGAGGCAGAAAUUUCUGGGAUCAUCACAGGGUCCCACAGCUCCUGCUCUCCCUCCUAAGCCCUGCUCAUCCACCAAUUACCUUCACUCGCGUCCCCUCCCAGCCCCACCCCUUGGAUACCAUAGAGCUCAUGGAUUGGCCUACUACUCUAGUUCCUCCUUUCCAGUUGGAAAAGUUGAGUCUUCUGACCCUCGGCUGAUGAGCAACUGCACCACUUCAAAGGCAAAUUUUGACCAUUUAGGAAUCCAUCGCCAUCGCCAGACUCUGCCACCCUCCCCUUCCCUCUCUCCCUCUCUACCCCAGGCCUCUGUUACCCAUCCUUUGUUUCCACCACCUCAUUCCCCUCCUCCCCCUCUUCCGCCUCAUUACAAAUUCCAAAAAGGAUCAUACAGCAACUUUACUGGAGAUGGUUAUUCCACUCAAGCAAACAAACACACAGUGUAUUCACAGAGAGACCCAUUACCCUGUGAUUAUUCUCUUAGCAGAGGUAUGAGGCGUUCACAGUCUCUUCUCAAUUCCAACAAUGCGAACGAUUUCCAUUCUGAAUCAAAAGACACUGAGUCCCCUACUCACCAAGACAUAUCUUAUCCAAAAAUGACACGUUCCCAAUCCACAAUACCAAAAAUAGAGAGAGAAUGGUCCUCAAGCCCAACAUACUCAGAAGAGGAUGACUCACCAUUUUCAUCACCUGUUAAACCAUACAGUGGAACUGCUGUCAAACACAUACACCUGUCUGAUGAUUUAGAUCCUGCUACAUCUGAACUGUUCUCCAGAGGGAUGAAGAGAACUCAAUCUCGUCUUGCCACCAUUCUUCCAGCCAUUUGGAAGGAAGAUGCUGAGAUGCAGAAGGAGAGUGCGUCUGCAUCCAAAAAGUCCCCCAUGCACCUAUUUCUGACUGAGAUCUCCAAUGUCAGUGAGUCUAUGGACACAAAGUCUGAGGAGGGUUCGUGGGACUUGGAGAGUGACUUGAAAAGUGAGGGUCAAGCAGAGAGUGAGAGAACAGAGACCUUUCUAUGUCCUCCGCAAGGCCAUGGCAUGCGACGUUCUCAAUCUCUGGUGACAGAGCUGGGCUCUGCAGGACAAGCAUGGGGGUCUGGAGAGAAAAAUAUGGGACCCAGUGAUGUUGUUAGAAAGGGAUCUUUCCAGACAGAAUUGUUCCUUACUGAAAUCGACACUGGGAAGAUGGUUACAGAAGCUAGUGGAGAGGUAGGAGGGGACUCUGAACAGAACUUUCUGCCUCAUUGGAACUCAAAAUCCUGUCCUUUUCCUCGACCCCCUGUCCUCCCUAGCUAUGCAGAAGCAGAGGAAGCCUUUUCUAGAGGAAUGAGAAGGUCUCGUUCUUUGCUCUCAGAAAUGACUCCAGGCAGACUAGACAUAGAGGCCCAGAAGAAUGAAUUGAGCAGAGAAGACUUCUUGAAAGAGAUCCGAUCAGCCGAGACCUUUCUGACCGAGAUUAUGACAAGAAAACAGGAAUCCAUUAACAGUGAAAAAGAAAUAUCCCAAAUGAAUACUCCAGAAUCACCUGAAUAUGAAUCAGUAUUCAUAAGUCCUGAUUCAAGUCAACCAGUCAUAUCUCAGACUGAAAAAUCAGUCGGUGGCACGGAUGUACGCACUGAUAACACGACAGAGGCAAUUUAUGCUCAAGUCACAAAGCGUCCAAAGAGAACUGAAAUUAAAGUUACAAUGCGCCCUGAAAUACCAGUGCUGCAGAUUGGAUCUAGUGUAACACCAGAUGUACCCAAAAUGGAACAGGGAAGCUUAGCUAGUUCACUACCUGGGGAGUUUGAGGUCACUGAUACAUUUAACUCGCAGUCCAUUUCACAGUCUAAUUCACUGUCCCAGCCUGACGGUUUUGUGUUCUCAGAGAUAAUGCCGAAAAAUGGGCUUCUUCUUGACCAAACAUCUUCUGGUAUGAAUGAAGAUUCAAUGAUUAGCAAAAACAGUCCAAAGGAUAGAGGAGCAGAGGCAAGAUUUAAAUCAGAAUCAACUGAGCUGGAGGAGGGAGUGUCCAUGUACAGUUCUAAUAUGCCUGCUUUUUCUGGGGAAGAAGUCAAAUCUAGACAGAGAGUAGACCUUGCAAGACAGUUGAGAGUCCAAUCCGUGCCAUGUCAGGGUAGUGUCACUGAAGGUACCACUGAUUUGGAGGCAGAAACUAACAACCGUCACUCUCAUAUCUCUACAAGUACAACAGGGAGCAAUGAUCAAUUGAUUGUCGGAGAGGGGAAUUGUCAAAUAACAGAUAUUCAUCCAGAUCAAACCAGACCUGAUAGCCAAAUACAAAAAUUGGGUGAUGGCAUUUUGCAUGGCUUGAAGACUAAGAAAUCUCAACAGGAUCAGGCAAAAAUAACUGUUAAUUUUGCUGAACAGUGUGAAAAUAUAGAUGUUUCUGGAAGUUCACCAGCCCCUGACAGUCUUAAUGAAAAAGUGAUUCUAAAUAUUUCACAAAGUUCCAGUGUGUCAGAUGGAGAUAAAUCUUUUUCUGACAACAUUUUGAAGAAAGUAACGUGUCCAGAGACAGAUCAAAAUAAAGAUAAUUUGGAUAUUAUUGCCAGUUCUCAGAAACAAAAUAUUGAAGAAGUUUCUAAAAUUUCGAGUGGCCUGCAAAUAGAUUGUGAGAUGCCAGUAAACAAAGUAGGGCCAGACCCUCAUUUUCAAACAGAAAGCGGAAUCAUAAAGGUAGAUGCUGAUUCUAAGGGUUCUUGUCAUUCCUGGGAGAAAGAGGCACAGACAUGACUCCUCUACCCUUGGUUUCAGACUCUGUUUCAGACCUCUCACUCUCGGCCAAUACGCCAACAGAUUCUGCCAUAUCACCUUUGACAUCCAGUUCUUUGGAUUGCUUGACACCUGGAGACCCUUGGGGAGGAGGUGGUAGUGGGUGGAGAGCACUGGCAACUGACACCCCUCACAGAGAUUCUGCCUACUUCUCAGACAGUGAUUGGGAAGGAGAGGGUGUGGCUAGGAGGGGUGGAGAGGGAGUUAACCAGUCUCGUCCUAGUAGCAGCAGAAGUGGAGAAAGGGGAAUUCUGAUGGGAAUAGAGGAAAAGGCAGAGACAGAAGAAGAAGGAGAGAUGGAGGCCAAAACAUUGAGAAAGGAAAGCAAGACGAAGAACCAAAUGGAAGAAACAUGGAUUACAAAUGAUCAGAUAGCAUCAGGAACUGAGAAAGAAAAUGUGAGGGCAACACUAGGCCAUUGCACAGAGAAUAAGGAGAUUUCAGUGGUGACAAUGGGAACUGGUAGCGAAACAGAAUUUCCUCUCGCUGGCGGUAGUCAUUCCGUACUCAAGGAAGUUUCCGGUCUUGUGGGGGGAAAUAAUAGUUUGAGAGAAUUAGAUCAAGUUGCAGAGAAGGAAAUGGAGAAGAAGGAAUUCACUGAAAUACUGAGCAAUCAGUGGACAAAGUGCGCAGACUCAAAUUUGAAUGUAUCUGAGCGCCAAGCACCACUCUCAGAAGAUGUACCAAAAGAAGGCAAUGCUGAGUUCAUAGCCAAGUUAUUCUCCACUUUAGACUGUGAACCGCUGAAAGGAUUCCCAUGUAAGGAUGGAAAUACACUGAACUACAGUGCAUUUUCUGAAACUGGUAGUUGUAAUGAUACAGAUGGGAU